UUAACUUCUGUGUAUGUGUACUGUAGAUGCUGUGUGAAGGUAAGCUGUGGUGUUUGGUGUUCGAAGCUGAACCCGAGUGUGUAAAUCCUCCUACAUGUGACACGGUCACAGCACCAUCAUCGUCUCCGCUGACUUAUCCCCUCUCAACACAAACCCCUGUCCUCUCACCUCUAGAGACUUAUGCUAAUACGACCCGGACAAAGACCCAGCAGAGCGAAGCUCACCUUUCGUCUCCCGCCCCUGUGGCAGGACGGCAACACGCCCUAAGUGUGGAUAUCCCCAGGCAGGCAGACACCAUAGAAGCUGAGGCAUUUUUAGUGCCUUCGAGCUGCCACAGCAUCUUUCAGCAUUACAACGAUUUACACAUUGCUGGUGGCCAGGUGCUGCCGCUCAGCCCCAGUGCAGGGGAUGUACAGGGCAAUCACAUUCAGGACCCCCAGGCUGGGCCCUUUCUUCUGUCUGGAGAUGUCCCCUCACCCUCCCUCCUGCCUCCUCUUGUCCAUGAGUACAGGGGCUCGAGGCGCUGGAGGGAAGAAAGCGGACGCGAACGGCCCUCUCUUCUGCAGUUCGGCCGGCCCCUCUCUAACUCACAGCUCAACGGCUACCUGGAACAGAAGCUUCUGGAGCUGUACAGGGAGUACCUGACCGAGGGACCCACGGCGACAAGGCCGGUCAUGGCCUCUGAGCUACUGCAGACCAGCCUGGACCAAAUGACCCUCCAGCUGAGCCGUGAACAGAACAUGGAGACGGCACGGGCCAAAGACAUGCUGCUCAGCUGCCUACUGAAAGUCACCAGCAGUUAUCAGUCCAGCGAGAUCAGCACCCCUCUACUGCAGAUCUCCACUGAGACAAAGUGAGUUGGAUACGAGGCAGAAGUGGGAAAAGAAACGUUGUGGCAGUAAGACCAAGGAGAUGGACUUUCAUAUAGCGUGCAA